GGAGAGAGGUGGGAAGGACACAGGCAGGAAAAAAGGAAAGAAAAAGAAAACUAACCAAAGUUACGAUUUCUCCAUGCACUUUAAUUUUAAGAGGUCAUACUGCAGCCCCUCCUGCUUUCCCUUCUUCCAGAUGUUACUGGAAGUUGCUGGAGGAAGCCUCGUCUGUGAGCCCAGGGUCAGAACGGCCAGGAACGCGGCGACCACAGUACUGGAAAGUUUUGAUAAGCAAAUGCGGCCGGUCGCUCACCGUCUCCAUUGGCUGCCGCUUCGCCGCCAGAUUUUGACACAAAUAAUCAGAUUGAAAAUCAGGGAGGGGAACAGAAGAGGAAAAAAACCCCACAGAGACAGAAAAGGAGAAGUAUCUGUCUGUGCAGAUAGUCGAGAAGUUGACGGAGAGGAGAGCAGUCGCCGGGACAGGCUUGGAGGUUCCCACGGGGACCCUCAGGGGCUUGGCGGGACAGCUCUGCAGGCGGACACACGCGGAAGAUGCCACGCUCCUUCCUGGUGAAGAGCAAGAAGGCUCACACCUACCACCAGCCCCGCACCAAGGAGGAUGGCCUGGUCUGGUCUCCUGCCCUGAGCCCUGGGGCCCGGAGCCAGGGUCUGAGCAGCAGCCCUCCCCCCUGCACGCUGCUUCCAACCCCAUACUCUGACUGGAACAAUGUGAAGCGGGAGACAGAGCUAGGCCCGAACCAGAGCUUGCCCAGGACAGCUGUGGUGCCAGAGGGGCCCGCGGUGGUGUCCCGGCCGCAGGACAGCGACUCACCCCCUUUCUGCAAGCCCACCUUCUCCUGGGAAGCGCUGGCCUCGCCCUAUGGCCAUGGCUACCCACAGCCACCGUCCGUCAUCGAGUCUGCCUUCCUGGAGCGAGCCGUGAGGCUGUACGGCAGCCCCCUGCUGCCCAGCGCCGAGCCGCCCCUGGACUUCAGCCUGCGCUACUCGCCGGGUGUGGACACCUACCACUGCCUCCAGUGCAGCAAGGUCUUCUCCACGCCACACGGGCUGGAGGUGCACGUCCGCCGCUCCCACAGUGGCACGCGGCCCUUCGCCUGUGACGUCUGUGGCAAAACCUUCGGCCAUGCCGUGAGCCUGGAGCAGCACGCGCACGUCCACUCCCAGGGGAUCCCGACCGGGUCCAGCCCGGUGCCCAGCGUGGCUCUCCUGGGUCGCGAGGCCCCACCUACUCCUGACCCCCCGGGGGCUCGUUUCCUCCGGCAGGAGCGCAGCUUCGAGUGCCAGAUGUGCGGCAAAGCCUUCAAGCGCUCGUCCACGCUGUCCACGCACCUGCUCAUCCACUCGGACACGAGGCCCUACCCCUGCCAGUACUGCGGCAAGCGCUUCCACCAGAAGUCGGACAUGAAGAAGCACACGUACAUCCACACGGGUGAGAAGCCCCACAAGUGCCGGGUGUGCGGCAAGGCCUUCAGCCAGAGCUCCAACCUCAUCACGCACAGCCGCAAGCACACGGGCUUUAAGCCCUUCACCUGCGACCUCUGCGCCAAGGGCUUCCAGCGCAAGGUGGACCUGCGGCGGCACCGCGAGAGCCAGCACAGCCUCAAGUGAGCCGGGGCCUGCGCCCUGCACCCUGCGCCCUGCACCCUGCGCCCGCCGGCCUGGGCACCCCUGCCCUCGGACAUCACUGCUCUGGCUGCAGAGCCUGGGAGCCCAGCCGGCUCUUUCCGAGCUGACAGUGUCCCCUGAUGGCGCAGGGCCUCUGCGGAAGGAACCCAGGGUGCUGAAAUUCCCAGGAGGACAGGGCCAGUCACUACUGUCAGAAGCCCACCCCUCUCGAUGGCUGUAAAUAAAAAUAAAG